AUGUCCGGCAUAGCAUGUCAACCGUUCUCAAGAGGUGGCUCACAGCGAGGACAACAGGACAGCAGAUCUUCAUCACUUCCUGGCACUCUUCGUAUGAUGUACCUGCUUCAGUCUCCCGCGUUGAUCAUCGAAUGUGUAGUGCCAGCCAGAGACAACAUGUACGUCCGUAGCCAUUUGCAGGCCUUGGUGGAUCAGCUUGGAUACCAUGUUGUUGAAUGUUCGCUGCGCCUUGAAAAUGUUUGGUCAGCUUGCCGAUAUCGCUGGUGGGUCAUUGCCACACACCCUUGCAUCGGACCUGUGAAGAUCCCAGCCUUUCCCACAGGCUCCUCGCUAGUGGCCAGAGACCUUAUGCCGUAUGUGCAUCGAUGGCCUUCGAGCGACGAAACUCAACUUCUGUUGCAAGGACCGGAACUUGAACGUUUCCAAUUGGGUGGGCAAUCACUCAGGCAACAUCAGGUCAGGCCCGACAUCAAGCUUCCGACAGCACUUCACUCAUGGGGCAACCAGACACAGCCAUGUGAGUGUGAAUGCAGGCCGACUGGUUUCAGUGAUGAACUUCUGACCACCAAAGGCAUCUAUGCACAACUUUUGCAGCUUCCAGCCAUUGACGGACAGGCAGGUGCUUGGAGACAUUUGCACGUGCUGGAAGUUUCUUUGCUGAAUGGGGUCCCUUUGAACCUCCCUUGGGGAAGCAACCAACGGCUCAAUCUGUGUGCGAUAGGACAGAUGGCAUGCCCAAUGCACUCAAUUUGGCUGGCAGCAUCACUGGCACGUCACAUGCACAUGUUGUUCACUGAUGCCACCCCUGCAGAUCCCAAUGAACUGCUCCAGGCUUUGAAACAUGAAGUCAUGACCCAAGGACGUGAGCUCUUCCCGAAUGUCCCACGCCAGCCCAUUGCCCCUGACAGAUGUGCCAUCACCAUCCAGGAGCCAGGACUCAGUGCAUGGACUUUGGUGUUCCCCCCAACUGCGGUUGUCAAGGACUUGAUCUUGGCACAUGGACGCCUUCAUGCAAUCCCCCUGGAUGAAAUUUGGGUCAAAGAUGAUGAGAAUAACCUCACUACUCAUGAAGCCAAGCUGUCCCUGUUUCCCCGUCUCACCAUUGGCAAGUAUGAGGACUUGUACCCCAAUGACCCGUCGUUUGGAGGUGAUGAGAUGCCGCAGGAUGCUCCAGAUCUGAAUGCUGUCACGCAGAUGGACUUGUCCUCGGAACAAGAUAUGUUUGAGAACCGUCCUGAGACCAUCGACUCCCGCGGCUCAGACUCCGGCCUUUUGGUUCCGUCUUCUGCGUGCCCUUUUGACUCCACUGUCAAUGGAUUGUUGGAUUUGCGUGCCCCUCAACUGUUGGCGAUGCUACCUCCGUUGGUACCGGAUGUUGAACUCUGCAGCUCCAUGCGUCGUCCCACGGUCCCUGUUGGCACGAGAAUCUCCCUGUUAGACAAUCAGGCACAUGCAUGGGCUGAUGAUGAAGUUUGGUGGCAUUUGAGUGCCAUUGCCAUCCAGAAACCCAAAGAAACUGCCAUCCUGGAUCCUUUGAUUGCACACACAUGGCUCACCGCAGGCACACCUGCUGCAGUACAGUAUUGGGCCUCCAUGCAGCCAAGAUUCAGUCGCAUUGCAUCCGUUGUUCUGCUUGAUGGCCAUUGGACUCCCUGCAUGUGGAUUUUGAGGCCGACGGUUUUGGAAGUCAUCAUAUGGGAACAUGACGAUGUGGACAUCAAUGGCCUGAAUUGCCUCCAUGGACUUUUGAGCUCAGUUUUGGGGUUGCCACAUUUUCAUGUGUCCUGCACUCGCCGUCAGUUCGGAGAUCAAAACUGUGGUGCAGCCGCCAUUGCCUUUCUGCAGCAUCGCUUGACCGGUUCCAACCUGCCAGAAACAGCCGCUCAGUUGCAAAAUGCAGCAGAUGAACUCCGUGAGGCUUUUCGACAGUCAUUGGAAGGCUUCAACCAAGUGCCGAGACCGUGGUGCUGGGGUGCAGGAGUGACAGAUUCCACAGCCGUGCUUAGCGCGCUUUUGCAACAACAUGGAGUUCCAAGCCAAGCAGCCCCGACCAGAGCCAAAUUGGUGUUGCAAAGCCUCGGCCAAGAUGCAGUGAGGAAUGCGUUGCAAGGAGUUGCACCCUGGAGGACUCUGAAAUCAUUGGCAAACCAGCAGAAGCCAGUACUGCAACUUGUCAUACCAGACGAAUUGAACGCAGUCAUGCAGGAACGCAAGACGAAGAAGGUCAUUUGGUCCAACUUGGUGUACAGCCAAUUGUCCCUGUCUUCACGCAUGGUGGUCCCACAGUCCAAGAUGUCCCUGUCGCAUUGGCCCCAAGACUGGUCCAGUUUGGCAGAUCAUCCGUUCAAGCAGGUUUUGCAGACCCUUCCGCCAUUGCAGACGUGCAGAGAUGACAGCUGUCAAUGCGGCAAAUGGCACCCGACAGGUUCUGACUCAGCCCAAGAUGCCUUGCUUGAUGUGUUUCGCCGGCAGUUUUUCACGGACUCAGGUCGACCAACCAAACAUGCGCAGGCAAGCCAUUUCAGCGUCCAGGUCAGAUACCUUAAGUCCCAGGAACUGGCACUUUUGCAGCUGUCCGGACUACAUGGAGUGUAUCUUGAGCCCAGGUUGCCAGAUGCUUCCGCCCCGACAGAUGAGUACCAGGUCGUAUGGCUCCCACAGGCCGACUUUGCCACCGCCCAGCACCAGUCCAAAUGCGAGCCGAUGAGCCUUGGCCUUGCGAGAUCCGGCCGGCGAUAUGGACUUCGAGUCACUGCCAAGAACUUUCAGCAAGUGUUCCAGAAGCUGAAGCCGGAAGGACAGUUUUUGUCUCCAGGUACGAGGCUUACUUGGCAAUGCGGCCCAUUCCCAUAUGGCAGCGACCGUAAGUCCAUCGGCCGCAUGGCAGAGCAUGGCACGGUGAUUGGUCCGCAGAGCACCAUCGAACUGUGCUCAUCCACCAGUGCCCAGGACCCGUGGACAGUCCACGAUCCAUGGCAACAGGCCUUGACAAAAAUGCCUGCCCCACCUGCGCCUACCAUGACCCCACAGCUCCAGGAGCUGGAGGAGCGCCUGGAACGCAGCAUCAUGGAGAAGCUUCCCAUGGAUCGCAUGGAAACAGACGACACUGAAGAUCGCCUGCAGACGUUGGAGAAGCAGAUGCAGCACCUUGCGUCACGCCACCAGGCGUUGGAGGGGACAGUGGCCGAAAACCAUCGCCAGCACUCUGCACAGGUUCAGACCUUGCAAGCCCAGAUGAUGUCCCAAAUGGAGUGCCGCAUCGGUGAAGCCAAGACACCAGGUCCUGCAGCCGCUGGCGACACAUGGUCCCUCGGGGUUUGUAACCCAUCCGGGUUACAGGGAAAAAGCGUACUCCUUGCCGGAGUCGACACAGAUGUCAUAGCGGUUUGUGAAACCCACCUCACAACCACUGCCCGUUCCGUUUUGCAACACAGCUUGAAGUCGCACAGCCAAUAUAGUCAUGUGAUCACAGGUUCCCCCUUGCCUGCUCGGAUCAACACCAAUGAUGCUGGCCAAUACUCUGGAGUUGCGACCAUAGCUCGAGUUCCUGCCCGCGCACUUUGCGCUUGCUGGCCCCAAGACCUUUUUGAAACCGGCCGAGUUCAAAUCACUGGCACGUUCAUCAAUCAAACCUGGAUCACAGGCGCAGUCAUGUAUGGCUACCCACAAGGCAAAGUCCACCACAAUGCUUUGGCCCGUUCCUCCGAGAUGUUGGAAUUUUUGAUCAGCCAUAUGACUCAGGUUGCCUCUGGACCAAGGUAUCUGUGCGGUGACCUCAACCAUGAAAUGGACCAACUCCCAGCUCUCCAGCGCCUGGUCCAGCUAGGCUGGCGUGAAGCCCAAGACCUUGAAUGCCUGCGUACUGGAACCCAACCUCAACCGACGUGCAAGGGAUGUACUCGCAAGGACAUGCUGUGGAUUUCGCCAGAGUUGGUGCCGUUCUUUCGGUGUGCCUUCGUUGACCAUGAUCGUUUUGCAGAUCACUCCGUGUUGCGAGCAUUCUUUGCCUUGGAUGGUGCGCUUUCCAAACGAUACCUGUGGCCGAAGCCCAAGCCGGUGCCGUGGAACGUUGUCCCGCCACUUGACCAGCCAGUGGAUUUUGCUGAAGGCUCCCCCACGGAAGUGUACAAGCAGCUCUGGCAAGCCAAAGAGGCAUUGGCCAAAGACCACUUGGGUGAACAAUGGCAAUACCAAAUGCAGGGCCGAGGCCAAAGAACUGAGCCCUUAGUGCGCAGAGGCUGGGCAGCACCGCCUCGCAAAGGCCGCUCCAGUGACUUCCAACCUGCGUUCCAUGGUUACAACGUUCAGCACAGCCGAUGGCUACGUCAACUGCGGAGACUGCACAAUUACCAUCGCUGGGCCAUGCAUCACUAUGGCACUGCUGUUGCCAACCAACAACUUCAUGGCACUAUGCUUUGGGCCAGUGUCCUGAAGGCAACUGGAUUUGGUCCCUCUUUUCAGGCAUGGUGGAUUUCCCGGCAAUGCAUUGGACUUCAAGACCCUGCGUCCGUGCCGACCCUUCCACCUGAUGCAAACCAUGCGUGCCAAUUGUGUGAAGCCUUUCAAGGUGAGCUGCGAGCCUUUGAACGUACGUUGAACGCCGCCAAGAAAGCAGCCAAGGUUUGUGCCCACAAACGCAAUCAAAACUUGAUCUACAAGGACACCAAAAGGCCUACCCCAGAACCUGUGACCAGCCUCUUGGUCACCAAAAAGGCCAAGGUUGCUGAAAUCAGACCGGAGGACAGUGCGGUACUCCUUGACCAGCCAGUCUUGUUUGAUGCCCAAGAUCCGGUGGUGGUAGGGAAUAUGCCAACCACCAUCAUUCAUGCCACCGCCGACACAUUGUACCUGUCUGACAUUGCCGAUGCGCAAGUGGGUCAUCAAGUCACUCAGACCCAGCCAGUUGGUGCACUUGAUGAAGUUUUUGCCGCAUUCCAUACCCAGUGGAAGCUUAGGUGGUGCAAACACGAUGACAUCCCCCACAGCCACUGGGAUCAGCUGGUUAGGUUUGCCCGACACCACCUUCCCAGACAUGACCUUGUGCCAGUAAACAUCACACCAGACUUGCUGCGUGCCGAAGUUGCCUCCAAGAAGUCCCAGGCUGCUACCGGCUUAGAUGGCGUCAGCAGAGCAGAUAUCCUCCACCUGGACCGCAACAGCCUGACCAGUUUGUGCCAGCUAUACCACCGAGCUUGUAGUGAUGGAAGUUGGCCUUUGCAGACAGUCACCGGCAGUGUGGCGUCACUGGCAAAAAGAGAAGGUGCAGCCAGCACCCAAGACUACAGGCCCAUAACCAUCUUCUCGAUGGUUUACAGAGCUUUCAGUUCCCUUCAUGCCAGAUGCAUGCUGGAUCAGGCCAACCAGUGGUGCCAUCCAGAUAUAUAUGGAAACAGAAAGGGUCAUCAGACCAGCCAGCUGUGGCGUGUUUUGGUCUCAAGCAGUCAGCAGGCCUAUGACCAGAAUCAGUGCUUGAGCGGCUUGACAGCUGACAUAGAGAAAUGUUUCAAUUGCCUCCCGCGGUAUCCCAUCAUCGCCGCAGCCCUGCAAGUCGGCACACCGUUGUCUACCAUGACAGCCUGGUGUGGGGCCUUGGCCGCCAUGACACGUAGGUUCAAGGUGCGUGACUCAUACAGCACUGGCUUCACCACCAGCACCGGACUUGCAGAAGGCUGUGCCCUCAGCUGCUAUGGCAUGUUGAUCAUGGAUGACAUCAUGCACCGCUACAUAGCAGCGCAAUACCCAUUGCUGAGGGUGCUAAGCUUUGUGGACAAUUGGGAUUUCAUCACCUGGAAUGCCCAAGCCGCUACACAGCAGUUGGAUGCACUUCUUGAAUUUGCCAGCCUGGCCGACCUGACAGUUGACCGCCAGAAAACGUACGCCUGGUCCACCUCAGCCGAGGUCAGAGCCAACCUGAGGUCGCUUGGAAUCCCGGUCAAACAUGCGGCCAAAGACCUGGGCGCUCACGUGGCAUUCUCACGCCAGCACACCAACAGCACGGUUACCAGUCGCCUUGAUGCUCUGACACCUUUCUGGACUCAGCUUCGCCAAAGCCGUGCCAGCUACCGGUCCAAGUUGCGGGCGCUGCGAACUGUGGCAUGGCCACGAGGCCUUUUUGCUGUUGAGAGUGCCCCGAUCAGUGACAACACCUGGUUAUGCCAAAGACGCCAUGCAAAUAAGGCUCUCAGUAUGGACAAACCUGGUGUCAAUCCCAUGUUGUUGCUUGGCCUUGUUGAAGCCUAUGUGGAUCCUGAGUUUGUUGCCCUGAUCCGCACGGUAGGAGAGACCCGUCUUAACUGCCCCCUGGACUUUUGGGCUUCUGAUCUUUUUCCACUUGCAGCCGGCAUCACCAACAGUCCACCAUCUUCUCCGGCGGCUGUUUUGCUUGGACGCAUCCAGAAAGUUGGCAUUGCCAUCAAACCCACAGGGCACUGGGAAGAUCGAAUUGGCCUUUUCCAUCCAGCUCAUGUCAACUUUGCUGAACUAUGCCACAGGCUGCAAUGGCAAUGGCACCAGUAUGUCUGUGCGGCAGUCUCUCACCGCAAAGAUUUUCAUGGUCUUGACAUGGUUGACACCACCACCACACGUCAAGCCAUCAAUCGCCUGGCAGUUGAUGAUCAAUCAAUGCUCCGCCUUAGCCUGGCCGGGGGCCUUUUCACCCAAGAUGCCCACGUGCACUGGAAUGAAGGUACAGGCUCCUGCAAGUGGUGUGGUCAGCUGGACUCCCUGCGCCACCGAUACUUCGAAUGCCCCAACACCUUGGACUUACGCACCAGCUUGGCUCCUGAUGUGCUCCCUCUUUUGCAUUUGCUCCCGGAAGCCAUGGUCUUGCGCAGCUGGGCUAUUUACCCGCCCACUCACCUUGCGUGGCUCCGUUUGUUGGACUCUGUGCCCUGUGCGGUCCCGUCCCUGGCGUGUGCGUUCAAACCUGGUGUCCUCAAUCACGUUUUCACUGACGGUUCUUGUCUGUGGCAAGCGGACCCUGCCUUCCGUGUUGCGUCGUGGGCUGCCAUCCUUGCUGAUCCGUGUUCCCCUGAGUGGAAUUUCAGUUGUGGUGGCGUUCUGGGUGCGGGCCAUGCCCCUGGACUUUGCCAAACCUCCUACCGUGGUGAGUUGUUUGCGUUGGCCGUCAUCCUCCACCAUGCAGCGCUAGGGGCUUUCAGGGUAAAAGUGUACUGUGAUUGUUUGGGGGUAGUAAACAAAUACCACCGGCUCACCUCGGGAAGAACUGCGCUCAAACCUAACUCUGCCAGCGCUGACCUUUGGACAUGGGUGCUGGCGUCAGUUGCUAUGUUGGGUACAGAUGGAUGCGAGGUUGUGAAGAUCCCAGCCCAUCGGAAGUUGCACCAGGCGAAGAGCCGCACUGAGGUUUGGCAAUUCUGGCAUAACAACGUUGUGGAUGGAGUGGCCAAGCACGCCAACCUUGACAGGUCGCCGCAGUUUUGGGAUCAAUGGAAGCUCCACGUGGACCAGACGAUGGCGGCCAGAGUUUUGCACGAACAGGUAUGCGCCCUGCACAUUGCAGUUGCCCGCCGCAGUGUACAAACAGAGGCACAGGUGACGCUGGAUGAGGUGCCUAUUGCGCAACCUCGACAGUUGCGCAUUUUCCCUGUGGAGUUCAACACUGCUGCGUGGAGAGGCGACAUCCCUUUGAAGUUUGCAACUGAAUACGGAGCCGGCUUGGCGCGUCGGAUUUGCAGAUGGUGGCAGGCUCGGACAACCAGUGAUGAUGCUGGUGAGACCCGCUGGAUCAGCUUCGCGCAUUUGUACGUUGAUUACCAACUUACAUUUGGUUGCCCAGGACCGGUGAAGCAUGGAGCUCAGUGGUUGGACGCGCAGACCAGGCCCUAUUUGGACCCGGAGCGGCAUCCGUUUUUGGUGCGCCUCAAAUGGUUCAGGCGUUGCUUGAAAAUGUUUUGGAAGCUUACUGGCCAAACUGUUGGAAUGAACGCUUGCAAAGUGGAAGGGGAUUCCAUACAAAGUUUCGUCAACGCAGCCUCCAUUCGGUGGUGCUAUUUUAGCUGGAGUGGAGCAGAGCAUUGGAUAGCAACUGCCUGCAAAGGGCCUUGCUGCAGAGGAACGAGAGCCUUGGAGGCCUUACCUCUGGCCCGGCGGCAGGCCAAAUUUGCGCUGUUGGAUGAAGCGCUGUUUCACGGCACUGACUGUGCUUAG